GAAGCCCUUGUAACUUCAUCUCAUCACAGCCAACUUCAACAAUAUUUCAAAUCAUCAAACACUUACUUUUCUCUUGAUAAACUAUGGCAGCUUCUGCAAUGGCUCUUUCUUCCCCUUCUUUUGCUGGACAGGCAGUGAAACUUUCACCAUCUGCCCCAGAAAUUUCUGGAAAUGGAAGGAUCUCCAUGAGAAAGGCUGUCGCUAAGCCUGCCGCAUCUAGCAGCCCAUGGUAUGGUCCAGACCGUGUUAAGUACUUGGGCCCAUUCUCCGGUGAGUCCCCAAGCUACUUGACCGGUGAAUUCCCAGGUGACUACGGGUGGGACACCGCUGGACUUUCAGCUGACCCAGAAACCUUUGCCAAGAACCGUGAACUUGAGGUGAUCCACUGCAGAUGGGCUAUGCUUGGUGCUCUUGGAUGUGUCUUCCCCGAGCUCUUGGCUCGUAACGGUGUCAAGUUUGGUGAGGCCGUGUGGUUCAAGGCUGGAUCCCAGAUCUUUAGUGAGGGUGGACUUGACUACUUGGGCAACCCAAGCUUAGUCCAUGCACAGAGCAUUUUGGCCAUCUGGGCUUGCCAAGUUGUCUUGAUGGGAGCAGUUGAAGGUUACCGUGUUGCUGGUGGGCCACUUGGUGAAGUUGUCGACCCACUCUACCCUGGUGGCAGCUUUGACCCAUUAGGCCUUGCUGAUGAUCCAGAGGCAUUUGCUGAGCUCAAGGUAAAGGAGAUUAAGAACGGCAGACUUGCAAUGUUCUCUAUGUUUGGAUUCUUCGUUCAAGCCAUUGUUACUGGAAAGGGUCCAUUGGAGAACCUUGCUGACCACCUUGCAGACCCCGUUAACAACAACGCCUGGUCCUACGCCACAAACUUUGUCCCCGGAAAAUGAAAACCUUAAAACAUUCUCAAAUUUCUGAUUGUUUGAUGACCGUGUAAAGCUGUUGUGUGCUACCUGACAAUAUAAUGAAAUUUUGUUUGUGUUUGAA